AUGAGUCGAGGAGAAGUGGUGCCUGCGGUGGUCCUCACAGCCGUGCUCCGCAAGGUGCGCUCUCGGGAACCAAAGAGUUGGAUGGUGGGCGAGGCGCGCUCCCGCGGACAGGGCUCCGACCGGCCGCCGGACGUGGGCGCCGGGGGGGACGCGCCGGCCCCGGCCGCGGCCCCGGCCCCUGAGAAGGGCAAGGACGGAGACGCCGACGUGGGCAGCGGCCACUGGGAUCUGAGGUGCCACCGUCUGCAGGAUUCUUUGUUCAGCUCGGACAGUGGCUUCAGCAACUACCGUGGCAUUCUGAAUUGGUGUGUGGUGAUGCUGAUCUUGAGCAAUGCACGGUUGUUUUUGGAGAAUCUCAUCAAGUACGGCAUUCUGGUGGACCCCAUCCAGGUGGUGUCUCUGUUCCUAAAGGACCCCUACAGCUGGCCCGCCCUGUGCCUGGUUAUUGUGGCCAAUGUCUUUGCUGUGGCUGCCUUCCAAGUGGAGAAGCGCUUGGCGGUGGGUGCCUUGACGGAGCAGGCAGGACUGCUGCUGCACAUGGUCAACCUGGCCACCAUUCUCUGCUUCCCAGCAUCUGUGGCCUUCCUCCUGGAGUCCAUCACUCCAGUGGGCGCCGUGCUGGCCCUGUUUGUGUACACCAUCCUGUUCCUCAAGCUGUUCUCCUACUGGCACGUCAACCUGUGGUGCCGAGAGCGCAGGGCUAGUGCCAAGGCUAAGGCCGCUUCUACAAGUAAGAAGGCCAACGGUGGGGCGGCCCAACUCACGGGCACCGUGAGGUACCCAGACAACCUGACCUACCGUGAUUUGUACUACUUCCUCUUUGCUCCUACACUGUGUUAUGAACUCAACUUUCCCCGCUCCCCUCGCAUCCGAAAGCGCUUCCUGCUGCGGCGGCUACUUGAGAUGCUGUUCUUCAUCCAGCUCCAGGUGGGGCUUAUCCAGCAGUGGAUGGUCCCCACUAUCCAGAACUCCAUGAAGCCCUUCAAGGACAUGGACUACUCACGCAUCAUCGAGCGUCUCCUGAAGUUGGCGGUCCCCAACCACCUCAUCUGGCUCAUCUUCUUCUACUGGCUCUUCCACUCCUGCCUGAAUGCAGUAGCCGAGCUCCUGCAGUUUGGAGACCGAGAGUUCUACCGGGACUGGUGGAACUCUGAGUCUGUCACCUACUUCUGGCAGAACUGGAAUAUCCCAGUGCACAAGUGGUGUCUCAGACACUUCUACAAGCCGAUGCUCCGGCGUGGCUACAGCAAGUUGGUUGCCAGGACUGGGGUGUUCCUGGCCUCAGCCUUCUUCCAUGAGUACCUGGUGAGCAUCCCUCUGCGCAUGUUCCGUCUCUGGGCGUUUACCGGCAUGAUGGCUCAGAUCCCGCUGGCCUGGAUAGUGAGCCGUUUCUUCCGUGGCAACUAUGGCAACGCAGCUGUGUGGCUGACGCUCAUCAUCGGGCAGCCAGUGGCUGUGCUCAUGUAUGUCCACGACUACUACGUGCUUCAUCAUGAGGCCCUGUCGGCAGGGGCCUGAGCUACUUAGCCCACACUCCUCACUGCCACCUCACCUGCCUCACUGCCCAUGGCGAGUUCACCCCUGCCUGUGUGCUGGGGAGGGGGCUGGCUGCCCAUUGCCUCCUCCUGGCCCUUGGGAGGCCUCUCCGCCCCUAUGGGGCUCCUUCUGCCCUUCAGGAAUGGGAGACCCAGCACAGGCCAGUUCCCCAAGAAUCUGUGCUGAUCUUGUCCGAGGGUGUCAAUAAAGGACUGUCCAGAGUGA